AUGGCGAUCUGUACUUAUAACGCAUGUACGCUUGCAUCGGAAGCGGCCAUCGAAGAUCUGAUGAUGCAAGCCAAGAAGAUCAAGUACGACGUCAUCGGACUGACCGAGACGAGACGACGUCACCCUCUCAACGCCGUAUAUGAAACUGGAGAAGAACUGUUCUUAGGAACAUGCGACAGUAGAGGUGUUGGUGGAGUUGGCGUCCUCGUCAACACGAGUAUGGCAAAGAACAUCGACUCUUCUGAACAACUUACGACCCGAAUCGGACGUCUGCGGAUGAGAAGAUGUGGUCCAAUACCAGCUUUGACUAUCUUCGUCGUUUACGCUCCAACAUCAAGCUACGAAGAAGAAGAAGUCGAAGCUUUCUAUAUGGACCUGGAGAAGUUCUACCAAGAAGAUCAUGCCUUCUACAAGGUCAUAGUUGGCGAUUUCAACGCUAAGGUUGGCCCAAGAAGAACGCCGGAGGAACUUCACAUCGGGACCCACGGCCAACAAUGGAAUGACCAGGGAGAGAGGCUCUCCGAGUUCAUCAUGACGACUAAGACCAUCCAUGGGAACUCGCAAUUUCAGAAGCCCUCUUCUUUACGCUGGACGUGGGAGUCACCCGGUGGAGGGUACCGUAAUGAAAUAGACCACAUCAUCGUCAAUAAAAGGUUCUGCCUGACGGACGUCGGUAUUGUACCAAAGUUCUAUACGGGAUCGGACCAUCGCCUCCUCCGAGGAAGAUUUUCCUUCACAAGGAGAGCAGAGAAAGCCGCCAAGUUCAGAGAGAGAAAUCCCAGGACUACCAUCAACUGGGAUCUCUUCGCUACGCUAGCCGGCUUUUGGGAAGAUUCUGCAAUGGACAACAUCGACGAGGAAUAUGACCGGCUUGUCGAACACCUUCACGACUGCGCGGAGAAGGCUUAG